ACUCCCCUCUUGAAGGAUUCGGGCCAAUCCGUUCAGCUCACAUGACUUCAUCCAAACAAGUUUCUUGUCACCUCAGGCAGCAACUGAACCCACAGCUUUUUAACUUAGGUGGCCCCCAACGAAGGAGUUUCCAUCCCCCUCAAAAGGGACUAUAAAAUUAUGACAACCGAAGGAGUGAGAGGCGAGCACAGGGUCGCACUCAACCCUCACGCGACCCUUUUUCUUGCUCAGUCUCUGAUUCACUCCUGGGCUCGGUAGUCGGCUUCGGCGCGCCUGGAGGACCCCUUCCUCCGGAGACUCCUGGCCAAAGCAAAAGCAGAAAACGCAGGCAUUACUCCCACCCUCCGGUAUGACCGAUCACAAGGGGAGUCAGGCAGAGGGGGCGCUAUGUUGGGGUCUGUUCUGGUGGGGCAGGUGCCGGGCAGGUUCUGAGCAGGCAGCGCCGAGGUCGCCCAGGUUCCCGACAGGCUCCACGCGGGGGGCCUUGUCUGCGCCUUCGCUGUUGCCGCCGCCGCCGCCGCCGCUGCCGCGGUAGCUGGGGGUCGGUGAGAGGUGGAGCUGUCGCGCACCCUGUGGAGUCCGUCUGUGUUGCUGUUUUUGCCUGACGAGUCUUCUUUUCUGCGUCGCUCCCUGACUCCCGUGGUGUCGAGGGGGAGCCCCUGCGGACACCUGGGCGCGCAGCGGAGAUGCCUCUCUUUGCCACCAAUCCCUUCGAUCAGGAUGUUGAGAAAGCAACGAGUGAGAUGAAUACUGCUGAGGAUUGGGGCCUCAUUUUGGAUAUUUGUGAUAAAGUCGGUCAAUCUCGAACUGGACCUAAAGAUUGUCUUCGGUCUAUUAUGAGGAGGGUGAACCAUAAAGAUCCUCAUGUUGCUAUGCAAGCUCUGACUCUUCUAGGAGCAUGUGUAUCAAACUGUGGCAAAAUUUUUCAUUUAGAAGUAUGUUCAAGAGAUUUUGCUAGUGAGGUGAGCAACGUACUAAACAAGGGUCAUCCUAAAGUCUGUGAAAAAUUAAAGGCUCUUAUGGUUGAAUGGACAGAUGAAUUUAAGAAUGAUCCACAGCUUAGUCUAAUAUCAGCAAUGAUUAAGAACCUUAAGGAACAAGGAGUUACAUUUCCAGCUGUUGGCUCUCAGGCUGCUGAACAAGCGAAAGCGAGCCCAGCAUUGGUUGCCAAAGAUCCUGGUACUGUGGCUAACAAAAAAGAAGAAGAAGAUUUAGCAAAAGCUAUUGAGCUGUCCUUGAAGGAACAAAGGCAGCAGUCAACCGCCCUUUCUACUUUGUACCCAAGCACAUCCAAUCUCUUAACUAACCACCAGCAUGAAGGCCGAAAAGUUCGUGCUAUAUAUGACUUUGAAGCUGCUGAAGAUAAUGAACUUACUUUUAAAGCUGGAGAAAUAAUUACAGUUCUUGAUGACAGUGAUCCCAACUGGUGGAAAGGUGAAACCCAUCAAGGCAUGGGGUUAUUUCCCUCUAAUUUUGUGACUGCUGAUCUUACUGCUGAACCAGAAAUGAUUAAAACGGAGAAGAAGACGGUACAAUUUAGUGAUGAUGUUCAAGUAGAAACAAUAGAGCCAGAACCGGAGCAAGCCUAUAUUGAUGAAGACAAAAUGGACCAAUUGCUACAAAUGUUGCAAAGUACAGAUCCCAGUGAUGAUCAGCCAGAUCUUCCAGAGUUACUUCAUCUUGAAGCAAUGUGUCACCAGAUGGGACCUCUCAUUGACGAAAAGCUGGAAGAUAUUGAUAGAAAACAUUCAGAACUCUCAGAACUUAAUGUUAAAGUGAUGGAAGCACUUUCACUGUAUACCAAGUUAAUGAAUGAAGAUCCAAUGUAUUCCAUGUAUGCAAAAUUACAGAAUCAGCAGUAUUAUAUGCAGUCAUCUGGUGUUUCUGGUUCUCAGGUCUAUCCAGGGCCUCCCCAAAGUGGUGCUUACCUGGUUGCAGGGAGUGCACAGAUGAGCCAUCUCCAGAGCUACAGUCUUCCCCCAGAGCAGCUGUCUUCUCUCAGCCAAGGAGCAGUUCCACCAUCUGUAAACCCAGCCCUUCCCAGUCAGCAGACUCAGGCUUCUUACCCUAACACAAUGGUCAGUUCUGUUCAAGGAAAUACAUACCCCAACCAGGCUUCAGUAUAUAGUCCUCCUCCUGCUGCUGCUGCUGCUGAUGUCACUAUAUACCAGAAUGCAGGAACUAAUAUGUCCCAGGUGCCGAACUAUAAUUUGACAUCAUCAACGCUGCCUCAGCCAGGAGGCAGUCAACAGCCACCUCAGCCACAGCAACCGUAUUCUCAGAAGGCUCUGCUAUAGGACUUGGGAUGCCUCUUUGUGGCAAAUACCUGCUAGAUGCCGCUGACAAUGUUAUGAGGUUCUUUAAUAUCAUAAGGUUUGUUUAUCCUCAGCUUAUAGGAAUCUAUCUUGGUCUACAGGUUCAAAUAUUCAAGAAGGUAGAACUCUCUUCAAUUUGCACUGACUUUUUAGAGGUUCUCCCUUCCCCUCCCCUAGAGGAUUGAAACUACUUACAACAUUUAAUUCCUUUCAUAAUAUGAAAGAAUUGAUACAAGAUUAUUUGUCUCAUGAAAUUACCUGGUCUGCAAAAGUCAAACUUACAAAAAACCGUUGUGGCAAAUGUUAUGUACAUAUAUUGCUGUGUAACUUCAUUGGUGGCCAUUUUGAAUCACAGUGGUGAUCAUGUGAAUAUAUUUAACACUGUUAAAUUAAUUUACAUUGCUAUUUUAUUUUAAUCAUGAACAACUACCAUGUCUCAUAAUGUUUUGUGUAAAUUCAAGAUAAUUACACUGUCCCUUUAAACUGCAAGAGAACGACGCUGUAGCAUAUUUACGUGAAGGCAUUAUGUUGUCCAUGUUUCAGUUUCACAUUAAACUGAACCUUCCCUUGACUAAUUGUGAGCUAAACUUACGUAUUUUAUAUCUUUCUGUAGCCUCUGCAUACUACUCGCUGUCAUCAUACCAGCGUACAGUAGCUAAAUUUUUGGUUCACGUACAGCAAAUGAUGAUGUUCCCUUUUGAACUUUUACAUUUCGGCAUGAUAUUUCAGAAUAUUGUGGGACCAUGAGACAAAAUUAAGUAGGAUCACAUUCUUUAUAUCUUAUUUUUAAAGGAAUAAUGUUGAUUUACUUUUUCCUAGUUGAAGAUAGUAAUUAGAUUUCUAAGCUGUAUACUGUGUUUAUUGGUGGCAGUGACACCAAAGAUAGAGGCAAUGGAUAGAAAUUUUUAAACUGGAAAGAAAACAUGAAUUACACUACAUUUUCAAAGUCUCUUGUAAUUAUUUAGGAUAUAAACAAAAUUUGAUUCAUCUGUCUUUUCCCACUAUUAGUCUUUUAAAUAUGUCUUUAACAAUUGUAUCCUUUAAUUGUUCAUUAAAAUGGAUAUAAGUAGAUGUUUCAAAGUAUUCUAUAUUCUGGUUUUGCUUAAGAGUUUGUAUAUUUAUUCUUAUCUUUCAAACUGGACUUUUGGGGCUCCUCUCAAAGUUCUAAUGGAAUUAUUUUGACUUCCUGUUCAGGAGUGUUUUUGAAUGAAGGCUUUCCUUUUGAUCUACAUGAAAUAUGUUUUCCACUGACAUUUUAAUCUUCUUAAAUAUUUAUCAUUUCCCUAGUUGUGCUAUACUGCUAUUUCAUACUAUUUAAACAAAUGAAAAAUUGAGUUCAGCAUUAUAUUAAAUGAAUUGACUUAAUAUGUUUCACACCAUAAAUGAAAAUUUAAUUUGUAUUUUCUAAGACUACUGUAAUCAGGUAACUCGUUCCUUUCCUUUUUGACAAACGAUUCCAUCUGUGGCAAGUAAUCUUAAUGGUGACUAAUGUUAUAGGUUCAAAUUUACAGCAUUGUCUUCAACUUCAUUAUGUCACCCUAGUGUUGUGUUAUCCUGAGUUUAGAGUAUGUUUCCCUCAAAACAGUAAUUUUAAAACUUGAAUUCACACUUUACACUAAAAACAUUUUUAAUAUGUUGUUUCUUGAUAAACAUUGUCAAACAGAUUAUAAUCUUUUUCACUCCAAUUUGAAUAUUCUAGUUUAACUGAUAGACUUUUGCCAAGUCAUGUUGUAUUUUUCUCUUUGUCUUUUGAUAAAUUUCUGUUUACCAAUGGCAAAUGUAUCAUUUUCCCAGUUUAUCUUGAUAUCCUUCAUGCUGUAACAUCAAUUAUACAGUCUCUAGAAUGCUUUUUGACCUAUAAAAGUCAAUGAAUGGUGAGAUUUAAAAAAGCUGCCCUUAUUACAAUGCAUAUACCUUUUUCUUACCUAUUACUAGCCUUAUAAAGGUUUAAAUGAUGAGCACUUAAAAUUGAUACUGUAUUAGUUUGUGCUUUGCAUUUAUUUGGUAUAAAAGUACCACAUAGAAAAAUUCCACUGGAAAGGAACCCCUGGAUUUUCCAUCAUUCAGAUGACAUGUCAAGGAUAGAAAUAAGAAAGGACCAUUUAGGAGCACAGAUGAUUCUGUUCUGUAACCAGUGUAUGUGUCAUACUUUCAAAAAGUCUUUUAAAAAUAUAGCCGCCCCCUCCCUUUUUUAAGGUGUAGAAUUACUUAUAAUUCUUAAUUUAUAAUUUAUUUAUAAUUAAUUUAUAAUUCUUAAAUAUAAAUUUUAUAUUAUUUAUAUUAUUUAUAAUUCUUAAUUUAUUAUUUAAGGUAUAGAGUUACUUAUAAUUCUUAAUUAUUUAGAAUUAUAAUUCUUAAAUAUAAAUUUUAUAUUAUUUAUAAAAUGAAUUAACUAUAAUGUAGAUUUCUGUGAAGAAAAUUUUACUUCUCAGUUUAUUUCCUUUAUAGAAUUUGAGUGUGUAUACAUAAACAUGAAUUUUUCCAUGAGUGUAUAUACACUCAUGGAAAUAUUCAGCCAGUUACGGUCUAGCAUAAGUAACUGACAUACCCAUGGCCAGUUGGAUGUUAUAAUCUUACCCGUGCCAUAAACCUCCUAGGACUAAUGUGUAGUAUGUACUUACUGUGAUUUUACAGUCUUCCCAACUCUAGGAUCAUCCUUUUCUGUACCUCUCUCUCCUUCUCAGUGAGGUACCAUUUUAGGGGCCUAGAGAUUCCAGUCUUUAUGUUACAAACUUCUGGAACUUUGUUUCUAUACCUUUUAAUUUUUGUAUUUAAAAUGCUCAAUAGACCACUAACUUUUUUUUUUUUUGUACAAUUUUCAUGUAUAUAUGACAUGUAUAAUUCAGCUCUGAAAUAUCUUUAGUCCAAAGCUUCAAGUUUAUAUAAGACAUAUUAGUGUCCUAUAUGAUAAACUAUGCAGCUUUAUAAAAACUGUUAUUUUCUGAAAUGAGGUCCAUUGGUAUUACUGCUCAAAUGCUCUUUUUAAUACUUUAAAAUCACUGUUUUCUUUUCUCAUCUAUUUCCUUGGUUUAUUAUUUUAUUAGCAAUUGUACUAAUAAUUAUAGCUUUCUGUUAUAUCACUUUUUAAAUAUUUAAUAAGAAAAAUGUAAAGUUUUCAUUCUUGUAUCAUUUUCUUUUCCUUUUUUUUUAAUCAGCUAACUGCCUUCACCCUUCAAAAUAUAUAGAAGAAACUUAGCUAAAUAUUUUCUGAAGGCCUUAUGUUCAGUUAUCUUUUAUUUUAGAAUCAUGGUUUGAGUAAGUAUUCUUGUCAAGUAUUAGAUUAUUUUCCAUACUAUUUAUGAUGAUAUGCUCCCUCCAGUUUUUAAUCAAAGCUGAGUUUUAUGUAUUCUUUUUUAGUAUGACCUUUCUUUGAAAUUAUAAAACUUAAGUAAUUUUUUCUGAAGUUUUCCUAGAUUCAACACUUUUUUCCUUAUGUUCUAGAGCAUUUUAAAUUUUAGUAUUUAAAAUCAUAGAUUUCCUUGCUGAACAAAAUUUUGCAUUUUAUUUGUGAUAACUUGUGGUCAUUCUUUGCUGAUUUUCUGACUCUUUUUCUUAUGCUAUUACUUCCCACUACCACUGUUGUUUCUUUGCUGCUUCUUGUAGUUUCUUAGAAUUUCAGAUAAGGAUUACAUAUUAAAUUAUUGAGUCAGCAUUCCCUGAUAAAAGCAAAAAGGACUGGUUUUAAUGGUCUUCCGGUGGUCAGAAACUUAAAAAUAGAUAUGUCUAUUUUAGAGAAGAAUUGUAUCCCGAUUUUUUUAUCAGAUACCCUCAUCAGUAACAAAUAUUUUUAAGUAUACAGCUUCAAAAUAUAUAUGUAUAUGUACUUACAAAUUGUACAGGUUCUACUGUGGCAAUAUAUAUUGUACGUUAUGCAACACUCUGAAAAAUAGACAUCUUAGAAGAGUCAGAGAAAAAGAAUAUUAAUAGAAAUUCUAAUAUUUUCCUUCCAUAUCUCUGGUUCAUUUUUUCUGUGUCCUAGGAUGUGUCUAUCUGAUUUGGAGACCACUGCUUUAGAGGUUAAGAUUAGACAGAGAGAGGGAGUGGGAGAUUAUUACUAAAUUGGCCUGUUGAAGUAAGUAUCUGAUACUAAGUAUCUGGUGCUUUUCCCAGCAACUUUUUAUGCUGAGAAUUUUCAGACCUAUAGAAAGAUUGAAAGAAUUAAUACAUUGAACACCCAAAUACUCUGUCUAGAUUCACUAAUCAAUAACAUUUUGUCCCAUUUGCUUUAUUUCUUUAUGUAUGUUUAGAUGCACACGUGUAUAUAUAUAUAUAUGUGUCUCUAUGUGUACAUACACACUGUCUUGUGUGAAUAGAGAAGUUACAAACAUUGUGAACCAUACUCCUAAGUAUUUAAUCAUGUAUCUUGUAAGGAUAAGUACAUUCUUCUAUGUAACCUAAACCUUUAUCACAUCUAAGAAAAUUAACCGUAAUUCUAUGAUAUUAUUGUUAUCAAAUGUCCCCAAACUGUUAUAUAUAGUUAAUUUUUUGAAUAUCCAGUAAUAUGCACCACAUUUCUUCUUUAUUCUUUAUUAAUCUGUAUUAAUCUUCUUGCCUUUUUUCCUCCCUGCUACUGAUUUUUUAAAGAUGUAUACUGGUUGUCGCACAGAAUUCCACAUGCUGGAUUUAUCUCUUUAUGGUGUUAUUAGACUUAAUGCUCCAUUUUGAUUAUAGUACUUUAUUACUUAAUCCUAAGGGAAUUAGAGUUAGAACCAUAUGAUUUAUGGUUAAAAUUAUUAAAAUUUUCAGGCUCAUUAUCAGAAAACCGUACAUAGAAAUGAACAUUAUUAACCUUGAAGUGUAUUACCUUAAAGUAUAUAACAGGCUGUAUGCUCAGCUCAUUGAUAUAACGUUAUAUCAUAGCUCAGUAGUUUUGUGGCUUUUUUUUUUUUUUAUCUUAUUUAUUCAUUUGAGAGAGAGAGAGAAAGCGCGAGCAUGGUGGAGGGGCAGAGGGAGAGGGAUAAGCAGACCAUUCCCUGCUGAGCAGGGAGCCCCAAGGCAGGGCUUGAUCCCAGGAUCCUGGAAUCACAACCUGAGCUUAAGGGAGACGCUUAACUGACUGAGCCACCCAGAUGCCCUUGUGUUCUUCAUUUUGAAUUGCAUUUAGAAUCUGAAGGAGAUUUGUGCCUUUAAAAAAAAAUAGCCUCCUUUUUCCUCCAUUCAAACCAAAGUCAGCUUUUCUCAAGUUCAUCUACUGAUUGAUUCACUGUGAUGGCUUUUUAAGUAGUUUUUAGAAAUGUAACCAACAAUUAUAGGACUUUAUGUUGUUUGUUUUGUUUUGUUUUUAAGUAGGCUCCAUGCCAGUGUGGAGCCCAAUGCAGGGCUUGAACUCAUGACCCUGAGAUGCAGACCUGAGCUGAGAUCAAGGUUUGGAUGCUUAACCAACUGAGCUACCCAGGUGUCCCAGGACUUUGUUUUUUAGAUGCAUGCAUUUUGGCAUGUUUAUUUUAAAGGACUUCUCAUUACCUUAUAGUCAUAUCUUGUGUUAAGAUACUGAAAUCACUGAAGAGGGAGGAAAAUCCUUUCUUCUUAAAAGUUUUCAUUGUUACUUCUUUUCCUCAAGUUGGUUACCAAACUGGAAUCAGACCAAGUAAAAUUUAUAACCACAGUCAAGUUAGAAACAAGUGCAAGUUACAGUAAUGUACCCUAUCAGGUUAUUAAAUAGCUGGGGUUAGGACCUUAGAUUAUUUCGGUUGGUUAAUGGCUUUUUAAAAAAAAAGGGGAAUAUUUGUAAUCCCUUGUUUCUGUGGCAGGAUAUAGGAAGGUUUGUUUUGUUUUUAGGAAGUUUAAGGAAUGUUUUCCCUUAAUUAUAUGUAAUAUAAUCUGUUAGCCAGUUUAGAUGCCAAAUAUUAUGAAACAUCCAUGUGAUAUGCUUUUUUCCUCAGAACCAAACACACACACAAGAGUACCCCUAUGCUACUUUGGAACUUGUACCUCCUCCCUCAGAGAAAAGAAGGUUUCAGUAUAAAUAUUCUUGAUGUUCUGUAAUUUAAAAAUAGAUAACACACUCUAAAUGAGUUGCUUAAAGUGACUGAAGAAGUUGUAAUCAAGGAUACAGGUAAAUUCACUUAAUACUUUUCAAAGAGGUGGGCAGCCUGGGUGGUGCAGUCGGUUAAGCAUCUGACUCUUGGUUUCUGCUCAGGUCCUGAUCUCCGGGUUGUGAGUUCAAGCGUCAUGUUGGGCUCUGUGCUCACUGCAGAGUCUGCUUAGGACUCUCUCUGCCUCUCGUCCACCCCCCUCCUCCCACCCCUUCUUUAUCUCGUUCUCUUAAAAAAAAAAAAAAAAAAAAAAACUUCCCAAAGAGGCUUCACAAUAGCCAAGUCCAUUUCUAUAAAUGGUGGAUGGCACAUGAUAAAAUGGUUUCAUUAAUUUGCAUUGUAAAAUCUAUCAGUUUGUGACCACAUGGGUUUCUUGUAAAGGAAGUGGUGGUACUUUUCGGUUGAGGAGAAGAGUAAGAAUAAGAACUAAAUUAGAUUGUUUACUGGAGUUCUAUUCUGCUAUGAAGUGGAAAUUUCAAUUCAUUGCCCUAAGGAAAUCAGAAGAUUAGAUUUUAACACAGAUAUAUAUCUUUUUUUUUUAAAUUUUAUUAUGUUAGUCACCAUACAGUACACCAUUAGUUUUUGAUGUGGUGAUCCACGAUCCAUUGUUUUCGUAUAACACCCAGUGCUCCAUGCAGUACGUGCCCUCCUUAAUACCCAUCACCGGGCUAACCAAUCCCCCCUCCCCGCUCCCCUUUAAAACCCUGUUUGUUUCUCAGAGUCCAUAGUCUCUCAUGGUUCAUCUCUCCCUCCGAUUCCCUCCCUUCAUUUUUCCCUUCCUUCUCCUAAUGUCCUCCAUGCUAUUCCUUAUGUUCCACAAAUAAGUGAAACCAUAUGAUAAUUGACUUCCUCUGCUUGACUUAUUUCACUUAGCAUAAUCUCCUCCAGUCCCAUCCAUGUUGAUACAAAAGUUGGGUAUUCAUCCUUUCUGAUGGCUGAGUAAUAUUCCAUUGUAUAUAUGGACCACAUCUUCUUUAUCCAUUCAUCUGUUGAAGGGCAUCUCGGCUCUUUCCACAAUUUGGCUAUUGCGGACAUUGCUGCUAUGAACAAUGGGGUGCAUAUGGCCCUUCUUUUCACUACAUCUGUGUCUUUGGGGUAAAUACCCAGGAGUGCAAUUGCUGGGUCAUAGGGUAGCUCUAUUUUUAAUUUUUUGAGGAACCUCCACACUGUUUUCCAAAGUGGCUGUACCAACUUGCAUUCCCACCAACGGUGUAAGAGGGUUCCCCUUUCUCCACAACCUCUCCAACAUUUGUUGUUUCUUUCCCUGUCCAUUUUUGCCAUUCUAACUGGUGUAAGGUGGUAUCUCAAUGUGGUUUUGAUUUGGAUUUCCCUGAUGGCUAAUGAUGAUGAACAUUUUUUCAUGUGUCUGUUAGCCAUUUGUAUGUCUUCUUCAGAGAAGUGUCUUUUCAUGUCUUCUGCCCAUUUUUUGACUUGAUUAUUUGUUUUUUGGGUGUUGAGUUUGAGAAGUUGUUUAUAGAUCUUGGAUACCAGCCCAUUAUCUGUAGUGUCAUUUGCAAAUAUAUUCUCCCAUUCUUUGGGUUGCCUCUUUAUUUUGUUGACUGUUUCCUUUGCUGUGCAGAAGCGUUUUAUCUUGAUGAAGUCCCAAAAGUUCAUUUUUGCUUUUGUUUCACUAGCUUUUGGAGAUGUAUCUUGAAAGAAAUUCCUGUGGCCGAUGUCAAAGAGGUUACUGCCUAUGUUCUCCUCUAGGAUUUUGAUGGAUUCCUGUCUCACAUUGAGGUCUUCCAUCCAUUUUGAGUUUAUCUUUGUGAAUGGUGUUAGAGAAUGGUCGAGUUUCAUUCUUCUGCAUGUGGCUGUCCAAUUUUCCCAGCACCAUUUAUUGAAGAGACUGUCUUUUUUCCAUUGCAUAUUUUUUCCUGCUUUGUCGAAGAUUAUUUGACCAUAGAGUUGAGGGUCCAUAUCUGGGCUUUCUAUUCUGUUCCAUUGGUCUGUAUGUCAACACAGAUAUAUCUUUUGUCAAAAGAAUAUCUUGCUAGAUAGUGAUCUUGGGCAGAUUCAUGAGAAUCUCUCUGGGCUGCCUUCUCUUUUAUAAAUUGUAGUGUAGGUAUAACUACAAAAUUCUUUGUUUUUUUUUGUUUUUUUAAAGAUUUUAUUUAUUUAUUUGACAGAGACACAGCGAGAGAGGGAACACAAGCAGGGGGAGUGGGAGAGGGAGAAGCAGGCUUCCCGCAGAGUGGGGAGCCCGAUGUGGGGCUCAAUCACAGGACCCUGGGAUCAUAACCUGAGCCAAAGGCAGAUGCUUAAUGACUAAGCCACCCAGGCGCCCCACUACAAAAUUCUUUGAAGCUUGCCGAACAUCUGUGCUUUAGAUCCUCUACCUCUGUCCACCUUAAAUAUCCCUGACAUUCCACCUGAAUAAUUCACGUCUGGCACUGCAAUUACCCUCUUGUAGCUUAAAGGAGGAGGAUGGGAUGGGGUGGAGUACUGUAGUACUGAAACUUAGGGAUAUGAUUUCUGACAUUCAUAAUAUACUUUCUGAAAGUAAUUGUGAUGUUUUAUUAGCAAACGCUUGAGCCUUUUGUUUAUGUUUGAGCAACCUCACCAGGGACAUCUACAUUCCAGGUAGAAGUGCUUUCAUUUAAUAGUACUUUCAUUUUCACUGGUGCUGAUUUGGGGUGGUCGUGGUAGGGAAUUAUUAAUCACAGCUCUGAAGCAUAUACUGCUUUUGUUUUUAAGACAUAUAUAUAUAUGUCAUUUAUUUUAUAAGCAUUUAUUUUAAACAUUCUGUACAGAAUUUAUAUUUCUCAUAUACAUUUAUAUACAACAGCUCCUGGAAAAAGUAUCUAGAAAACAAUGAGUUAUAAACAGCAUUUGAUUAAUAAGCCAUGUAUAUAAAUAUAAGCACAAAUAUAAAUGCUUAUAUUUAUCUUAUAUAUUUAUUUAUAACAUAUAUAUAUGUUGAGAGAGAGAACGAGCGGGGUUGGGGCAGAGGGAGAGGGAGAAGCAGGCUCCCCGCAGAGCAGAGAGCCCGAUCCAGGGCUCAAUCCCAGGACUAGAGAUCAUGACCUGAGCCAAAGGCAGCCGCUUAACAGAAUGAGCCACCCAGGCGCCCCGCAUAUAGUUUUUGUAUAUUGCUUCAAACUAAAGGAGAUAUGUAGCAUCAGACUAUGUAAAAUGUUACUGUUCUUGAUGUCCUCGUAGACAAAGUAGGUGAUGCUGGAGUCCAUGUGCUACUCUGGCCUUCCUUCAGCUGUUUAGUAAGCAGAUUGAGACAUUAAAGUGCUGGCUGAGCGUUUAUUUCUAAUAUUCCAAAUAAGAUGUAGAAUCAGCAGUUGCAUUUUUUUACCUCACAAAUAUUUGGUCUGGAAAAAUGCCAUUAUACAUUGUUUGGUUACAAGUUAUUACUUGAAAAAAACAUUAGCUAGCUGUUAAAGGUGUUUUUUUUUUUUUUUUCCUAAUCAACCUUUUCCUUGUGUGUUAGUCAGUUACAUGGAUCUUUUAUUUUAUAUAUAUAGUUAUAUAAAACAAUUCUAAGAAUAAAUUUUAGUUUUCUUGUACUUUAGAAGAUAUCUUGCUGACAUUAAAAAAGUUUCUUUACUAGAUUUAUGUUAAAGGAAUCUGAUAAAGAAGACAUAUCAAAUAUUUAAUAAAGUAGAAAAGAAGUAGAUAAGCUUUUUAUAGCUCUUUUUUGUAGAGGGGGAAAUACAAACUGUUCCAGUUGUUUAUCACUGCUUGUGUCAAAGGGAAUAGUCACUGCCUUGUUUAGAGUCUUUGCUGCCUCAUGCUAAUUUUUUCAGUCAUUGUCCCAGAAAUGAAUACUUUUUGGGUUUUACUAGAAAAAGUUCUUUAUCUUACAUCAUAGUAAAGACUAAUUUUAAUUUUGUCUUUGUACAGUUAAUAUGUUUUUCUUCUUUUUAAAAGAUUACUUAGAGGGCGCCUGGGUGGCUCAGUCGGUUAAGCAUAUGCCUUCGACUCAGGUCAUGAUCCCGGGGUCCUGGGAUGGAGUCCCACAUUGGGCUCCCUGCUCAGCGGGGAGUCUGCUUCUCCCUCUUCCUCUGCCUGCCACUCUCCCUGCUUGGGCUCUCUCUGUGUGUCAAAUAAAUGAAUAAAAUCUUUAAAAAAAGAUUCCUUAGAUUUUGAUUGGUCUUAAUGAAAUGUUGUAGUAUCAAAAUAUCAGGAUAAUUUAAUUUUAUUCAUGUGGUUGCAAAAUAUUAAUUUACAUGGGGGGCGCCAGGUAGGCAAAUGGAUUUUCUUUAGGUGAAAUUAAAUGUGGGUUUGAAAUAGGAAGACUUCCAGUAGAUGGAAUGGAAUUACAUCACGCUGCAAGUUCAGUUACUGUGCUUUUGCUUACUCCAUUAAACUUUCUUCCCUGCAUGCCUUUCAUGCAUUUGAAAAAUGAUAAUUUCCCCAAGGUUUUUAGCAUGGUCGGACAAAAUUCUGUUUUUAUUUUCACUUUCAUCCAGCAUUUAUAUGUAUUUAACUCUUCUGACUGAUAUAUUUGAAAGGCCGAAAAUACCCCCCAUUUUUUAUUUGCUGAAGAAUACUUACUGUAACAUGGUCUGUCGAUGCCUUCAGUAGGGAAAGGUUAAAAUUGAGUAAGUGUCCGGUUUAUACUUGUUUGUUUUUAUAAUAAUUCAAAAUGGUCAGGGAAAUUGUUUUCAAAAAUUAAGCCAAAGGGGGAAAUGCUAAAGGAGCUGAGUUUAGGUAGUACGUUUUAGCAGUUUUGUCAAAAGUACACAUUUUGAGAUUAAAAACUUUGAAGUGCUCUUCUCCAUAUUUGACCAAGAGAUAAGCAUCACUAAAUUAAAAUUGAGUAGCAUGAUCUAGAUACUAUGUUUAGUAUCUUUCGGAAGUGAUAUUUCUAAAUAUUCUUUUUCUCUAUUAAUUCAUGGCUUAUUAAUCAAAUACUGUUUAUAACUCAUUGUUUUCUAGAUACUUUUUCCAGGAGCUGUUGUAUAUAAAUGUAUACGAGAAAUAUAAAUUCUGUACAGAAUACUUAAAAUCACCUGAAGAGACACCUGAAUGUGGGCAGUUGUUUCCAGCCAUUGACUCUUGUAUAUUGGACUUUGUUAUAACUCAUUUGAACUAGAGGUCAUCAUAGUACACAUUGGAUUCGGCUGUAAUGCCAAUAUGUGUUCUGAAAAUCAUCUUACGCACACUUGUGCAAUAAAAAAGCCUUACUAAGACUUUAUGGGAGAAACAGGGUUAGAGCCACAGCACUCCAAAAUUUUAGCAAUGACAACACUUAAGAAUAAAAAUAGGAAUCUAAUAAAAACAGUAGCACAGUUUUAACACCUUUAUUAAAUGGUUAGUAAAUAUUACCAUAAGGAUGGCACUUUGCUCUGAAAAAGACCUGAAGUGUGCCUGUGGAAGUGAGUGUCGGAAGGGUUGUAGUUUGUGGGUUUGGGGAAGGUGGAAGGCGGGGCUGCAAGAAUCUGAGGGCAAGUUGUGACGCCAGGUGUGGGGGGAGUGUGACAGCCCCAGCAGUGAGUGGAGGGCGCUGCUGCUGGUAGGAGGGGGGAGUGUGUGGAUAUUGAGUAUUCCUGCGUGGCUCAGGUCAGCCAUGCGCCGUUUUCUACCUUUAGCCUCAUGUUUCUCCUGUACAAGCCAACUGAAAUUUGCAUUUUGCUCCUGCUGUUUCCUAGUGUAUCAAUCUCCUGCAACAAAUUUGUGGUUUCCAAAUAAUCAUUAUAUCAAAACUGACUCCGAGAGUGAUUUAGAGAAUGAGUGGCUAGUCAUCAUUUAUUUCUAACGUUAGAAAAAUUCCUUUUAAACUUUUAAGUGAUUGAUAAGAAUUAUGGACAUGUAGGACAGAACGCUUUCUUCCUCCUUAGCAGAUUAGAAAGUAUCCCAAUUGAACAUGUGAACACAUUUAGAUUCAAAGAAUUAUAUAUAUUUUAAAUACAGUCUGUGAGAAAUUAUUGCUCUUGGGGCACCUGGGUGGCUCAGUCGGUUAAGUGGCUGCCUUCAUCUUGGGUCAUGAUCUCAGGGUCCUGGGAUUGAGCCCCGGCAUCCGGCUUCUGGCUCAGCGGGGAGUCUGCUUCUCCCUCUCUCUCUGCCCUCCCUCCCUACUCGUACUCUCUCUCUCUCUUAAAUAAAUAAAUAAAAUCUUAAAAAAAAAAAAGUCCUGCCGUCUCCCCACCUCAAAGGGAAAGAAAAGAAAAUUGCAGAUAACCAUCAUUUUCUGACCUAAGUGGGCAUAACCGUUAUGUCAUUAUUUUCAUUGAUUUUUUUUUUUUAAGAUUUAUUUAUUUAUUUGACAGAGACACAGUGAGAGAGGGAACACAAGCAGGGGAGUUUUCAUUUCCUUGAUGAUUUCAACAAUUUGAGGGCAUGUUAUAUCUUAAUUCAGCUGUAGGAAGCACCAAGGUAAACUAGUUCCCGUUUUGCCCUUUCUUGCUUUUCAUUCAUACUUGGGGAAAAUGGCACAUGUACCAAAGAAUGAAGUAAAAUUAAUCAGAAAACCAUGCCCCUUUUUUUCCUUGACAUUUAAGAGUUACAGGAAGAGAGUAAAGAAGAGGCAAUCUUCCCCGCUUCCUUCCUGGACUGUCUUUGAGUGAGACAAAAGGUAGGCAUGGGGUCGGGUUGCAAAGGAAAGGCUGGGAGGAGAGAUUUUUCCCUGGAUGUGGUCAGUUCUUAGGAACUAUAGUGAUGUAGCUCCCUAAAACUUUGGAAGUAAAGGACAUUAAGACUACCCCUUGUGAUUCAAACAAAAAUUAAUACAGAAUGAACCACAGUAGAAGGAUUGGCACCUUAAAGCAGAGAUUAAAAACCAGUGGCUCAACCAAAUCCAGCUAAUAUGUUUUCUUUGGCCUGCAUAGGGUUAGAGUUUUUUAAAAAUAAAUGUUAAGACUAGGUGAUUUCCCAUGAAAAAUACAGAUUUUUUUGCUCCUUGAAAAAAAAAAAAAUCAUGAUUUAACAACACGAGGCCUAUAUUAUUCCCACAGCUGGUUUUGCAUCUCUGGUUUGCCACUGAGCCCUCCAUUUUUUAAAACCUCACCCUUUCCGUUGUCAAAGAGAACUAGAGCCAGAUACUAGUUAAUAUGAUACAGAUUUUAAUCAGAAACUUGCAGUAGAGGAAACGACCUCAGUAUAAAACUGGACUCAAUCCGGAAUAAAAUAACUAGGGAAUUACAGCUAAGAAGCAGAGUAGAACGGGUGUGGGCGAUCCAUAGAUGGACAGUCUCUAAGAAGAGCCAUCAAGGAGGGGGGGUCCUUGCUGAGGGCAGGCCAAGGCAAUCCUCUCGAGGGAGAGGGGGAUUCUCUCUAAACUGACUUAGCAGAAUUCUUGCUAAAGUGAGGUUCUUUAGGCCUGGCAAGGACAGGGACCAUGUCAAGGUCUAGUUGAGAAGAGGGCUUAGAGGAGCCUGACUAAAGUUUGGUCAAAGAGCAUUUUGUUACCACUUCAUUUGUUUUUGCCUGACCCCUGGAGAUACCUGAGGCUUUGAUUCCUGCUUUAAAGAGUGAGUGAAUCUAACGCUGCACCGUCCAAUUGAACUCUUGAGCACUUGUAAUGGGCUAGUGCAAUUAAACUAAAUUUUAAAUCUUUUUUUUUUUUAAGAUUUUAUUCAUUUAUUUGAGAGACUGAGAGAGAAUAUGAGUGGGGGGAGGGAGAGGGAGAAGCAGACUCCCCUGCUGAGCAGGGAGCCUGCCACGGGGCUUGAUCCCAGGACCCUGGGAUCAUGACCUGAGCUGAAGGCAGACGCUUAACUGGCUGAGCCACCCAGGUACCCCACUAAAUUUUAAAUCUUAGUUUUAAUUAAAUUUAAACCUGAAGCAACAUAAAAAUAUUUUCCCCCUUAAACAUAACUUUAUCAUUUCAGUAGGACUGUAUUUCACUGUAACCAUUGGGUCACAAUAUGGUAUUGUUGUAGUGUUUGUGUACUUUAAACUUUUUUAAUGUAGCUACUAGAAAGCUUAACAUUAAAUACGUGUCUCACAUUCUAUUCCUAUUGGACAGUGCUGAUCUAAGGCUUCUAGGACCUGAUCAUGUAAUUCUCAAGAAUAUGUCUGAUGUGAUGAGGCUAGUAGCCUCUAGAGUGGAUUCCCCCAUGAUCCCUUCCUGAUGAUCAUGCCUUGUUUAAUCCCUUUUAAGUGUGGGUAGGACCUGUAACUUUCUAAUAACCAG